GCCCAACACAGAAAAACGUGUUUUCGAAUAAUGAUCGUCUACAGGUAAUUUUUCUUAAAAAUCGCGUUUUAAUCGUGGUGAAAACAUUUCAUUAUGUGUAUGUUUUUUUUGGAGUUUUCUUACUUCCUGACGUCUCUAAACUUUAUUGAUACUUAAUAAUGCAAAGUUGUGCUUGAAAAUUCUUGAGUUUCAUUAUAUAUUCAGUGACUGAUAAUGGCUGAAGAAUUCGACGACAAGAAGAAAGAACAUCGGAAAAGACAUUCUGGCAGGAAAGCCGAGAAAAAAGACUUAAAGAAAAAAUUGGAUCAAGAUGAAGCAUCUGCAAGGAAAAGAAAUCCCAAGGCAUUUGCUAUUAACUCUGUUGUUAGUGCUCAAAGGCGAUUUAGAAGAGCUCAAGAUUUGGAUACUAAAAAACAACAUAUUCCCCUUGUUGAUCGUACACCUUUGGAACCUCCACCCAUUGUUGUUGUUGUUGUUGGACCACCAAAAGUCGGUAAAACUACUUUAAUUAACUGUCUUAUAAAGAAUUUUACUAGACUACCUCUGACUACCAUUAAUGGGCCUGUUACUAUUGUAUCUGGUAAAAGACGACGUAUUACACUAAUUGAAUGUAAUAAUGAUAUAAACAGUAUGAUUGAUUUGGCCAAAGUUGCGGAUCUUGUACUCCUGAUGAUUGAUGCUUCAUUUGGAUUUGAAAUGGAAAUAUUUGAAUUCCUUAAUAUUUGUCAAGUGCAUGGAAUGCCAAAGAUAAUGGGUGUAUUAUCUCAUCUUGACAUGCUGAAAAAUAAUAAAACUCUCAAACGUACUAAAAAGUUACUUAAACAUCGUUUUUGGACUGAAGUUUAUGCAGGAGCAAAAUUAUUUUAUUUAUCUGGUAUUCACCGAGAAGAAUAUGUACGUAAUGAAAUUAAAAAUUUAGGAAGGUUCAUAUCAGUUAUGAAAUUUAGGCCUUUAACCUGGCAAACUUCUCAUUCAUAUGUUCUGGUGGAUCGUUUGGAAGACCUUACACCACCAGAAUUAAUUCGUCAGAAUGUUAAAUGUGAUAGACGAGUGAGUUUGUACGGAUUUGUUAGAGGUAUUCCAAUGAAUAAACAAAGUAGUGUUCAUAUACCAGGUUGUGGAGAUUCACCUAUAUUUGAUAUGUGUUAUCUUCCUGACCCUUGCCCGUUACCAGAAAAAUUAAAAAAACGAAGUUUAGUUGACAAAGAACGUCUUGUAUAUGCACCAUUUUCUGGAGUUGGUGGAAUUGUGUAUGAUAAAGACGCAGUAUAUGUUGAACUAGGUGGAAGUCAUUCUCAUAGUAAAAUUAUGAAUAAUACUCAAGAUAAUACUCCUGGUAGAAAUUUAGUUAACAACAUUGUGGAAACACAUGAUACAUUAGAUCAAAAAAUAGAUCGUAGUGAAGUUCAAAUAUUUUCAAAUACCGAACCAAUAGUUUCAACUGAUUUUGGACAGGAUGAUGAAAUGGAAGAAAAUAUAUCUGUAACUAAUGUUAAAGAUCUAAAUGAUGGAAGAAAUAGACGUAAAGUCGUAUUUAGAUCAGAUGAUAUGAACUUUUCAGAUCUUGAUGAAUCUGAUAAUGAUAAUGAUGACAAUGAAUCUGAUAUAGAAGAUAUUGCUCCUAUAAGUGAAGAAAAAAUUAAUACUGAUUCUGAAUGGUCAGAUUCUGAGGAUGAAACAGAAAAUAAAAAUAGUUCUAAUGACAAAUCACGUUUUUAUGGAAAAUCCUUUGGUAAAGAAAAUGAAAUCAGAAAAAAAAUUGCUAAUGAGUUGGCGAAAUUGGAUAAAAUUAAUCAGGAAUCAAAUAUUAAUAACUGGAAUGAUCAAGAACAAGAUGUUUCUGAAGGUAAUCUGGAAUAUGAUGAAAAUUCUGAUGUUGAAGAUGAUAGUGAAAACGAAGAUUUAAAAGAUAGUGAAAGUGAUGAAAAUAUGGUAGAUAAUUUAAAUGACCAAGGCAGAAAAACAAGUUUGGUUGGUAAAGAAUUAACUAAUGGUUUACAAGAAAUUAAAGAAGACACCACAUUAAAUUGGAAGAAAAAUUUAUCACAAAAAGCAGCAAAUGCAUAUUAUGAACGACAAAAUUCAGUUGUUAACCUCUGGAAACUAGUUUAUGGUGAAGAAGUUAAUGAACAAUCGAAAGAAGAUCAAUCAAAUGAAGAGGAAGAUGAAUUAGGUGGUCUCUUUCGAAUUUCAUCAAUGAAAAAUGUAAAAAAACAAAACGAAAAAAAAGAUAUGAAUAAAGAGGAUGUUUCUAAAUUUAAUGUUAAUCAUUAUCAUGAUUGGAGUUUACCAGAAGUUUGUGAUACUAUAAGAGAUAUGUUUGUAACUGGAAAAUGGAAACGUAAUGAAGAUGCUACAGCACUUCUUGAGGAUGACGAUGAAGAACUUUAUGGGGAUUUUGAAGAUUUGGAAACUGGAGAGAUGGUGCAAGGCAAAAAUGUUGAUUCUGAUAAUGAUAGUGUCAUUGAAAAACCUAAUAAACCAUUGACUGAAGAUGAAUUGAUCGAAAAAAAGAAAAAGUUAAAAGAACAGUUUGAUGAAAAUUAUGAUGAUAAAGAUGGAACUCCUAGUACUUAUUAUGACGAAUUAAAAGAAGAAGCUUCCAAACAAGCUCAACUUAAUAAAAGCCAGUUUGAAGGAAUGGAUGAUGAAAUUCGUGUGCAGCUAGAAGGAUAUAGAGCUGGGAUGUAUGUGCGAGUUGAAUUAGAUGCUAUGCCUUGUGAAUUAGUAAACAAUUUUGAUCCAUCCUACCCUCUAAUUGUAGGAGGUCUUCAAAGUGGAGAAGAAAAUAUUGGAUUCUUAAAAGUUCGAAUUAAGAAACAUAGAUGGUACAAUAAAAUACUAAAAAAUCGAGAUCCUGUUAUUGUAUCAAUGGGUUGGAGAAGAUUUCAAACAUUACCAAUAUUUUCUAAACAAGAAGAUAAUAUGAGACAUAGAAUGCUUAAGUACACUCCUGAACAUGUAAUGUGCAUGGCACACUUUUGGGGUCCAAUGACGAAACCUGGUACAGGAUUUCUAACUAUUCAAGAUGUUUCAUCCCAACAGGCUGGUUUCAGAAUAACAACUACUGGGACAGUUGUUGAUACUGACCAAUCAACUCAAGUUACUAAGAAAUUAAAAUUGACUGGUUCCCCUUUGAAAAUUUACAAACGAACAGCAUUUAUUAAAGAUAUGUUUAAUUCCACUUUAGAGGUAACCAAAUUUGAAGGUGCACGUAUUAAGACUGUAUCUGGUGUCAGAGGACAAAUUAAAAAAGCUUGUCCAAAACCAGAAGGCUCAUUCAGAGCUACUUUUGAAGAUAAAAUUAAAAUAAGUGAUAUUGUGUUUUGUCGUACAUGGUACAAUGUUGAAGUUCCAAAACUCUAUAAUCCAGUUACAUCACUACUUUUACCUUUAAAUGAAAAGAACUCUUGGCGUGGUAUGAAAACUACUGGACAGCUAAAAAGAGAAAAGGGAAUUAAAGGAAUGCCACAAAAUGACUCUAUGUAUACUUCAAUUCAUAGAAACAUGAAACAUUUCAAGCCUCUCAAACUAUCAAAGAAUUUGCAAGCUCAGUUACCAUAUGUUGAUAAACCUAAGACUUUGGCUACUGCUAAAUUAGAUUUGAAGAAACAACGUGUAGCUGUGGUUAGAGAUGGUCAUGAAGAACAAGUUGCGUCGUUGAUGAAGAUGAUUCGCACUACCUAUAAAGAAAAGAAACGAAAAGACAAAAAAGAUAUGAGAGUAAGAGUCAGAAAACAUAAAAAAGAUAUUCAAACCGAAGUAAGAGCUAAGUAUAAGAGAGAUCAACAAAAGAAAAAAGCUGUUAUGAGAAAACGUUCUAAAAUGUCAUCUAGUAAAUAAAUGUACGUUUUCUGUGUUAAAAAUCAACACUAUUUUAUAUUGUUUAAAUAAAUUAUGUCGAUUUCUUUAUUAAA